CUAUCCACUACUUUGUUUACAUUCCUGAGCAAAAUGGCGGACGAAGCGCUUUCGAGAGCAGGUUUACACUUUGAUGAGUUGAAUAAGAUAAGAGUUCUUGAACCAGAAGUACAGUCGCAGACAACUGAACUUAAAGAAGAAUGUAAAGACUUUGUUGACAAAAUUGGAGAUUUUCAGAAAAUUGUCGGAACAUUUAUUGAAGUUGUAGACAAUGUUUCAAAAGAAGUUGAAAAAGAAAAAAUGAAGGCGAUUGGCUCAAGGAAUUUACUGAAAUCUAUUGCUAAACAAAGGGAGGCACAACAACAACAACUUCAGGCAUUGAUAGCUGAGAGAAAAAUGCAGCUAGAAAGAUUAAGAAUUCAAUAUGAAAAUUUACAGAAAGAAGAAAGUGAACAGAAUGAAUUUAUAGAACAGUUUAUUCUGCAGAAAUAGUUGUGAACCGUUUUCUAUGUUGUCAUAAAUUAUUGUGUUUCACGUCCAUUCCGUCCACCAUUUCAUAGAGGGUUGAUUUUAUUGUUGAUAUACCAGUAGAUAAUUUGUACUGUUUCUUAGAAGAAAAUGUGAUACAUGUGUAUAAAUAGGAUCAAUUUCACAAAAAAAUUAUUUUGUCCAAGUCCUCUUGGCAGUAAAUUUUGGCACAAGUUUUGAUUUGUAUACAUAUAUACAUGUCUUGAGGCAGUAAUAUACUUUAAAGGCAUUAAUGUAUAAUUUAUCUUUUGAUAUUUAUAGAUCUGAGAUGUUUAAUUUUCUUUAAAAAUCAUAUGAAAUUUCAUAUGAUUAUAGAACCAUACUGAAAAUUAUUAAGAAUGCAUUGCAUAUAUGCAUUGCAUACAGAUUUCAAAAUACUUAAAUAGUGGUGCACUGGAAUUGGUUUCAAGCCAUACUUCGGAUAAAGUAUUUCAAAGAAUAUAUGAAUGAGCAAUCCACUACCUUGCAGGAUUAAUGGUCUGCCAGAUAAAAUGUACUAAUGGACAGUGCCCCUUUAUUAAGGUCUUUAUCUUUUGUUGUUUACCUCAAGAAAACUGAAAUAAUGUAUGGAUUGUCAUCAGAGGUAUUCCUCCAUGUUUAAAGUUUGAAUACCGAAUGAAUAGAAGUAUUUCAAGAUGACAUAAUAACUAUCCUAUGUAUUCUUUUCCUAAUUUAAGUGAUAGUAAAAAAUUGCAAUUAUGUUGAGGGGUAAUAAUAGCUUUUUCUGACAAUAAAAAUAUAUAUUUAUACACUUGUGCAAGAAAAUUAAUUUAAACAGUGAUACUUUAAGCCAAGAAAAUUAUGCAGGAAAUUAUACAAAUUAAUUUAUUUAGAGACACCUUAAGACUAAGAAAUUAAAUCACUUGGUACAUGUAUCUAUUUUGUUCUUUUCAUUUCUCAUUCAUUAGCCGUCUUUUGAAUAUCAAUUAUCAUUUUAUUACUUUUUUCAUUGUGAUAAAAUAAUGUUGUAAAAACAUUGUUACUGGUACAUGUAUUUAAUUAAAAUAAUUAAAAAAACACA